GCGACUAGACUCAUGCGCUACCUACAGACACUACUGCUCAGACGCCUCCACGGUACCCGCCCACAGUUGCAGUCCAGCUGCAGCAGCAACAACAGCAUCAACAUGCAGACAAAGCAGCAGAACCAGCCGACGCCAGUCUGUGCUGUGGCAUCGCUGGAUGCCUUGAAACUGGCCGAGCAGUGCCUGCAUCUUGGCCAGGUGAUAGCCCUGCCCACAGAUACAGUGUAUGGUUUGGCAUGCGAUGCCAACAACGAGGAGGCCAUACAGCGCCUGUACGAGAUCAAGGGGCGAGACGAACACAAGCCUGUGGCCAUUUGUGUCAACAAUAUUGCUGCACUGCGUCGGUAUGGUCAGGCUAGCCACUUGAGUGACGAGCUGCUAACUCGCUUGCUUCCGGGGCCUCUGACCAUCAUCGUUGAGCGGUCACCGCAGCUGAGCAAUCGCUUCCUGAAUCCCAGCACCACCAAAAUUGGUAUACGCAUACCUGACUACAAGUUUAUGCGCGAUCUGUGCGCAACGUGGCAUGAGCAGCCGCUGGCCUUGACCAGUGCCAAUCGCUCAAGUGCACCCAGCAGCCUGCAGGUCAGCGAGUUUCAAUUGUUGUGGCCCCAGCUAGGUGCUGUGUUCGAUGCCGGCCGCAUUGGACAGACGGAGGAGCGUCGCCUGGCCUCGACAGUGAUUGACCUGGCCAAGCCAGGCUCCUAUAGUAUAGUGCGUGCCGGUGUGGCGCUCAAGCAGACGCUGGCGGUGUUGCACGAGUUUGGUUACGUCAAACAGGACCUAGACACAAUGUAGUUAUACUUAAAUACAACAAUAC